AAAAAUCGUCAAUCGUUGAUAAACCUUUAGGGAAAAGGGAAAAACGACGUGAAUUUGGCGACAUUUGCUCUGCUGUUUUCGGAAAUGGUGCAGUACUGUCAAAAUCGUGUGUUCACUGUUCCAGAUCUACAGAACAAGUUGGCAGAGAUGGGCCAUCAUGUUGGCUCUAGGGUAUUAGAUGUGAUGUUCGUAAGGGAGAAAGGGUUUAAACGAGAAACAAAAUUACUCAACAUGCUGCUCUUCAUCAAGUCAAACCUAUGGAAGACUCUUUUUGGAAAGGAGGCAGACAAGCUAGAGCAUGCUAAUGAUGAUGAAAGAACCUAUUAUAUAAUAGAAAAGGAGCCUUUAAUCAACAAGUUUAUUUCUGUUCCAAAAGAUAAAGGUAGCCUAAACUGUGCAGCAUUUACUGCUGGUAUAUUGGAGGCUGUUCUCAACGGAUCAAACUUUCCAGCAAAGGUGACUGUUCAUUGGCACAAGGGUACAACAUUCAUGAUCAAAUUUGAUGAAGCCGUAAUAACAAGAGACAAAAUGGUGGAAGGCAGAUAGAGAAACCGGGUGUCUAGUACUUAAAACAUUGUAUCAUAGCCUGCUACUUUUGUAAAAAGCUGAGCAAGUAUCUGGCUACUUUGACCAG